AUGUCAAGGUAUUCUUCUUUAACUUUUCAUCGGCAUGCAUCUUCGUCUUUUGUUCCAACACAUCCACAGUCAAAUUCUGUGUUAACAGCAAAAAUUCGGGAAAAAAAGUAUGAAUAUGAAAAUCUGCUACAAUUGAAAGAACUUUCAGCAAAGCUUGUUAUACAGAUGGAGCAGCUGGAGAAAAAAAUGGAGACAUUGGUUGGCGGUACAGAAGCGGUAGCUUCUGUUCUUGAAAACUGGCAGAAUGUCUUUCGUAUAAUUAAUAUUGCAUCAGCAAGGUUGCAGAAGAAAGCUGUAUCCAGUACAGAGGAUGAUAUAGAUAUGCCUGAAACCCUAGUAAGAAUUCCCAUAUCAAAUUAG